GGGUGUGAGUGUGGUGAAGAUUUCAUGACAUGAACAGUGUGAAUAUACUGGAGAUCUGUUGAUCUGUGCGCGUCACCUGCGAGUAUCUGCAGUAAACACGGCUGUUGAUUACCUGAGAGAGAGAGCAGCGAUGGGCUUCCGAAAGAAGAACAAGAGUCCGCCUGUGCUCAGCCACGAGUUUGUCAUCCAGAAUCACGCGGAUAUGGUGUCGUGUGUGGCCAUGAUCAUCCUACUAGGACUCAUGUUUGAGGUGACAGCAAAAUUUGCGAUCAUGUUCAUCACCAUCCAGUACAAUGUCACUCAAAGCCUGGAUACAGAGGACAAGACGGAGCCGGUGAAUUACUACAAGUACGGUCCCAAAGACAUUGCUACUGUGUUCUUUUACCUGCUCAUCGCUAUAAUUCUUCAUGCCCUGAUUCAAGAGUACAUACUUGAUAAAAUCAAUCGUCGACUACACUUGUCCAAAACAAAGCACAGUAAGUUUAAUGAGUCUGGACAACUGGCUGCCUUCUACUUGUUCUCCUUCAUCUGGGGCUGCAGCAUUCUUACCAAUGAGGAAUUUGUGACGAAUCCGACAUUUCUUUGGGAAGGCUAUCCUCAUACCCACAUGGCUUUCCAGGUGAAGUUUUUCUAUAUUUGUCAGAUUGCUUACUGGUUCCAUGCACUUCCUGAAAUGUAUUUUCAGAAAGUACGAAAGGAAGAUAUUCCUCGCCAGUUGUACUACAUUUGCCUUUAUAUCUUUCACAUUGCUGGUGCCUAUGUCCUCAAUCUCCACCGUCUAGGUCUAGUUCUUCUGGUUCCACAUUACCUGGUGGAACUGCUGUUUCACGCCUCACGACUCUUCUACUUCAGUGAUGAAAACAAGCAGAAGGGGUUCACGCUGUGGGCUCUUCUGUUUGUCAUCACUCGUCUUCUGACGCUCACCAUCUCAGUUCUGACAUUCGGUUUCGGCCUGUCCCGCACAGAUAAUCAGGGAUUCUCCUUAGCAGAAGGAAACUUCAACGUGCUUACAGUCAGGAUGACCUGCCUGUCAGCCAUCUGCCUGACCCAGGCCUGGAUGAUGUGGAAAUUUAUCAAUUUCCAGCUAAAGAAGUGGAGAGAACAAACUCAAAUCCAGGCUAGCAAGAAGAAAGCCGUCAGCCCGAAAAGCAGACCCAGCAAAAAGGACACUCGGGGUUCAGUCAAUGGAGACAUUAAACCAGAUUAUAAGACAUCACCAAGAGCAAGAAAAUCAAAAUCAUCAUAAGAGCAAAGAGUCAGCAGUUGCCCGAAAUGUGAUGCUCUGUUUCUACUCUGAACUCCAUGAAACAGAUGUUUACAAAGCAAAGAACCACAGAAACAAACUAAGGAAGUUAGUUGUACAGCAUGGUUCAACCUUUAAUUUUCUCCUGUUUUUCCUAUUUGCAUCUUUAAAAGCACUAUAAAUUUAUAUUCAUGAUAUCCAUUAUCUCAUGACUUCUAGUAAGAAUGGGAGGUUUUCAGAAGCUUUUAUGAUUUGCAGAGAAUGCUACAAAGAAACUAUUGCUCAAAAGAGGAUGUUGCACUGUGUUGCUGGUGCAUGAUAUAAGGGCAUCCCACGUUCACUCACUGAAUUCCCUUACAAAAAUCAAGAGUUCUGGCAAACUUGCCGCAAAUUCCCAAUCAUUAUUUUCACAUGCAAAUAUGCUUUGCGGUAAGCUCUUCAUUGUCGCCAAAGGUUUGCUACAGGUUCACCACUACCUGUGAAGAGCUGCAAACAUUUGCGGUGAAUCGCAAGCUCAUGUUAAAUGUUAAGAUAAAAUAAUGAGUGGGAAAUUUGAGGCAAGUUUGUCAGAACUCUAGAUUUUUUUGUAAGGGUUGUGUUCCUCUUGAUACAAAGAACCAUUUUAUACCCUGAAAACUUGGCCCUGAUGCUUACACAUUUAUGCCGGAAUUGUUGCUAUGCUUCUUAUGAAAUACUUAGUGUGAAUGGAAGCAUUUGAAAAGUGUCCUUUUUAAUUGUCAACCUUUAGGCCCUCAGUCCUUUUAAGCUACUAUGAAGCUCUGUUAGAAAAUAUUACAUUAAUAAAAAGAAGCUGAGGUGGCAAAGCUAAAAACUGCUAUACAACUCUGUUGUGUUUUUAUAUAGCUUUUAAAUGACCUCAGCUGUGUAAUUUUUUUUGUUUAGAAAUGGAGAGUAAGAGCAACAAUUUUAGGGUUUGUUUUUAGUGUUCAAAUGUGUUUGAACUGAGGAGAAUCUUUUGCUGGCAUAGUUUUUAGUGACCUUGGCCACGGUAGAGCUAAUUUGACAAGAGCUUCCCCUGCAGGCUUGGAUGAUGCCUUGAUUUAGGGUCUUGUUUUGGUAUUCGAUUGCAUUUGAAUGCUGUUUGAGGAGAACCUUUUGCCGGAAAGAUUUUUAGAGGUAAAGCAGGUUGUAAAGACUCCCCUGCAUGCUUGGAUGAUGACUAAAUUUAGGACAACUUCAUUUUGGGUCUUCAUUUAGGUGUUUGUGUUUGAAUACGUUUGUGUAAAAUCUUUUCUUUAGCAACUGUGUUCGCAGUAGAUUUGGUUAUAUAAAGGCUCCCCCUGCAGGCCUGGAUGAUGCAGUGCAUGAUGAGUUUCUUUAAGGGUAGAUAUGCCCCCCCUUUUUUCUUUUUUUCUUUUUUUUUUUUGCAUUUUACCCCUCAAAGGGGUUCACAUGGUAACAGAGGACCAUUAAAAAGUUUGGUGCUUAUCAUGGCUACCAUGUUAUUACUGAUAUAAUCCAUAUGCAUCGAUGGUGAUAUCACUGUUGUUUUCAGUUGUAAAUAUGUGAUAGAGCAUUGGAGCUAAUUAUUGUGUAAUGGCAGAUUUUAUUUUUCAUGCAAAGGAAGCUAGCCUUUUAGCAAAAAAAAAAAAAAACUUUAAGGAGAACACUUUAAAAUUAGUGAAAAUCAGCAGAAGUUUUCAACUAAGGAGAGAGACUGUUUGCUGUUUCUGAAAGUUAUACGUUUAUGAAACUCUGAAAAGCUGUUCCUAUGUAAUGAAACGAGCUGUUUUACUACACAAAUUCUCUGUGGCCUUCCUCCUUUAGUUUGAGUGGUCUGUUCUCGGUUAUGUAUAGCUUUAUGUAUCUAUAACUUUGAUGUCCCUGCCUGUCUGUGUAUAUCAACAUGGAUGGGGCUGCUGCAGUGUAUUCAGUUCACAUGAAACCAUACAAUUCUUCUUUAAGUGUCCUUAAGAUAAGAAAGGUAGAAGCUGCGGUCUAUCUCAGUUAAAGCACUGUUGAUGUCCCUGUUACGAGUUUAUUUGCCUGUGGGUGAAGAGAGGUUACUUUUAAUAUUCUUUUACCCUGUUGGAAUGGCCGUGCACAUGUGUGCAUGUUGCGAUCUGUGGAAGAAUUGUCUCACUGUAAGGUUUGUUGCUUAAUAGCAGAAAUAAUACUAUAGGCAUGGAAUCUGUGAAAAUUUUCUGGCUUUAAGUUUCUUUUGAAAGCAAGUCGCAAACUGCCAAUUUUUAUCAUUUUGUAAUGCCUGUCUAAGCAUUUUCACAUGCAUUUACACACACUUGCGUCCAAUGUAUUGCCAUGAAAAUAUGUCACACUGCACCUGAAGAAGCUCGAUUUACUCCAAAUAUUAAAUAUAAUUUCUAUUUUUUUUUUGUGUGAUUUUUUUUUUUUAUUUUUUUUUUACUUGAAAUAAUACCUGUACAUGUUUGUGACAGGUUUUGUGAGAUUCACCACCUUGGUCGCUCUCAAUUCAGGGUUUUAAAAGUAUGCUGUUUAAGCUAUAAAAGGUAGUACAUCAAUUGUUUUGUCUAAAUGCCCUUAUGGAUACAUUUUCCAUGUAAUAAAAAACAUAAAGAUUUGGUUUAAUGCAAAACUGAUUCCUGAGAUUCAAGUUGAAUCUCAGGAAUCACACCCCCCCACACACACACACACACACACAUACACACAUACACACAUUUACAGAAGAAUUGUAUUGCUGUCUGAUGUUCAGCAAACUAAAGACAAAAAGAAAAUGUGUUGAAGAUUAUAUAGAGUAAUUCAGUACUGAAUAUGUCAGAUUUUUUAACUAUUUUUAUAGAGUUGGAAAAACUUAGAGAUGAACAUUAUUUAGAGCAUAUAAAUAUUUUCCUGUUUUUUUGUUUUAUUAUUUUUAUACUGUGUAGGGGAAAAUUUCUGCCAUUUCAGGUGUUGUAAAGUGAGAAUGCAAAUGACAAAACUUGUAGUGGGAUACUUUUUUAAUUUGUAGUGGUGUGUUAUUUAAUUUGGGGUUAAAACAAAGUAAUUUAAACAAUGAAAACCUGGAUUAUAUGUCUUUGUUUUUCAUUUUGACUUGUGGAAUCCCGAAGGAUAAAAACGCAAAAGUGAAAAUGACAAACUUUUUUUUUUCACGUAAGAGACCCCAACGGACAACUGUGGUGUUUAUGAUGUGGCUUUAUUGUUCAUUAUUUUGUGUGUGUGUGUGUGUGUGUGUGUGUGUGUGUGUGUGUAUACAUUUAUUUAUAUAUAUUAAAAAUACUAUAAAUAGUUAAAUUCACAAAAUACAUCAGUUUUUACAAUGAUAUUUGGACAGUCUGAUUAGCAUAUGCAUUCAGAUAUUUGUGAAAUUAAAAGAUGCGCCAAAGCCUUUUCAAAUAUCACAACAGAUACACAAUUAUUUUCAACCAUGCUUGUACAUAGUACAUGCACUGUUACUUUUCUGAAGCUUGCCUUUGUUGAGAUAUAUUGUUUUUUUUUUUUUUUUUUUUUGUUUUAUAUAGAAUGUUAUUAAUAUAUGUAUUUAUGCAAGUCUGUGUGAUGCUUUUUGAAUGUUUGUCCUUCAAUUAAACCUUUUGCUUAACCCCA